CCUCUAGUGGCUCCAUCCUACCAGCGUGCGAUAACUCUGCCAUGGAACCCAAUAACCCAAAGAUGAAAAAGUCAGUCGGACUUGUAUCCGGCAUAGCCUUGAUUGUUGGAACAAUGAUAGGCUCGGGAGUAUUCAUAUCUCCGAAGGGUGUUCUUGAAGGAACAGGGUCUAUUGGCUUUUGUCUGAUCAUUUGGGCAGCUUGCGGCAUGGUGUCAACCUUGGGUGCCCUUUCAUACGCUGAGCUAGGGACGUCUAUCCCCCGAUCUGGAGGGGAGCAUGCCUAUCUGAUGUAUAUCUUUGGUAGUGGGACUCGUCGCAUUGGCACUUUGGUCGCUUUCCUGUAUGAUUGGGUAGGAAUUUUCAUUUUGCGACCAGUCAUGUUCAGUGUGAUGACCCUGUCGCUCGGUACAUACCUGGUGAAACCUUUCUUUCCCACGUGCACAGAACCUCCAGAUCUUCCGGUCAAACUUUUCACUAUCCUUGCUAGUUCCUUUCUUGCAGCCAUCAAUAUGUACAGUGUGAAAAUGGCCACGAUGCUCCAGAAUAUCACAACUGUUACUAAGCUUGUAGCCAUUAGCGUCAUAACAAUAGGAGGACUGUAUACGAUUUGUUCAGGACAAACUGAGUAUAUCAGUGACGGGUUCCAGGGUACGAGAAAAGAUCCCUCUCUCAUGGCCAUUGCAUUCUACAACGGCCUCUGGGCUUAUGACGGCUGGAACAAUCUGAAUUUCAUAACAGAAGAACUGAAAAAUCCUGAGAAAAAUCUCCCUCGGGCUAUCAUGUUGGGUAUCCCAUUAGUUACGUUUGCAUACGUUUGUGCCAACGUGGGUUUCUUCGCAGUCAUGUCAAGGGAAGAAAUACUGCUUUCCAGAGCUGUCGCAGUGGGCUGGGCCGAUUCCAUGUUGGGUGUCAUGGCAUGGAUAAUGCCAGUAUUUGUUGUCCUUUCUUGUCUAGGCUCCGCCAACGGUGUUAUGUUUGCAACGGGCAGACUUUGUUUCGCCUCUGCACGAGAUGGACAUUUUCCAACCAUUUUGUCCUAUAUACAUGUGAAAAGGCUAACACCUGUGCCCUCAAUUGCCUUCACGUUGCUGAUGUCAAUCCUGGUAAUAAUUCCCUCAGACCUGACCACUUUGAUCGACUUCUACGGUUUUUGCAUAUGGUUGGCUUACGGUGUUACCGUUUUUGCUCUGUUGGUACUGAGAUACACGGAACCCAAGCUCUCCAGGCCCUACAAGGUGCCGAUAUUUGUGCCUAUCUUUGUACUACUGAUGUCUAUUUAUCUGGUGAUUUCGCCUAUUAUACAGACGGGACGGCUUACUUUCUUUUAUGCAAUACUAUUUAUUUUCUCCGGGGUAUUUGUCUACUUUCCUUUUAUAUACUUUGGACGCAAGAUUCCUCAAUUAGAGCACGUAUACAGAUUUCUACAAAUACUUUUUGAAGUUGUUCCUCCGAAAAAUCAUAAUGAUUAGCGAACGUUUUGAACAAUGAUUGAACCUUGGAUUGUUCGCGAAUGAGUGCUACCAUUAUUAAUGUAAGGAAAGCACUCAAUGUUCUACAUACAAGUUCACGUAAAAUUGUUUCAUUUUUUGUCAUUAUUUUGAUGGUUGUUAUGCACCAGUCAAUUGUCAUCAUGGCCCCCAGGUCCGGGGAAUAGCGGGGACUUUGACUCUUGGUCUAGCCAAUCCCGGGUAAAAUCCCCACCCUGCGGGGACACACUGCGGGUAAAAUCCCCGCAAAAUGCCACCGCAUCCCGCGGACAUACUAUGUAAGGCGCAUUCCCCGCUAUUUCCGGCGCGAAAACAAAACCACCGCAUUCACUCGGCACUGCGGAGCCACCUGGAAGGUAAAAAAACGGCCCAUUUCCCCCGCCAUCCCCGGUAUACCUCAGGACCUGGGGGCAAGGGGUGGGGUACAAUUGACUGCUACAUAAUCCACCUUCAAACAAAGACAAAUUAGAAUGAAGAUGCAUCAAUUUCUGUAUAGAAAAGUGUGCAAUUCUGUGUGUAUAAACAUAUAUAUUUUUAUAUCUUAUUUAUCGUAUAGUGGCAGUAAAAGCGGUGUCAUUAAAUUGGGAUUAAAUCUUGAACCAGUUCGCGUAUAAGUUUCCUUAGUUUGUUAUUUGAUAAUUAAUUCAUGGAUACCAUACACUAUUUAUAAAUGUUAAAUGACUUCCGUUCCAAAUUGUUGAAUAAGAAAUUUGAUUCAAUAGCGGACUUUAAUUUACAUAAUUAGUAAACCGAACAUAAUGUCAUGAAAUGUAAGACAGUUUAUGUACAUGUAGUUGAUACUUGUUUAAGUCGACCAAAAAACACUGAAUGCAUGACAAGUUUUACUCAAAAACAUACUUUCUUCAACUUUGCAUAAAUAUAUAGAUUUAGAAAUCUUAAAACUGGCUGACAUAAUACUUUAACAAAAGGACAUGACCUAAGAAGAUAAUAGCUAAAACCUCGAGUCCAUUUUUAUUUGAAAGAGUCAUGAAAUUAAUAUGUUUAUUUUAGUACCAAAAUGUGAUUUUGAAACCUUAUUACUAGUACUGCAGUCUUACUAGUGACGCAGUCGUUCCAAGUCACACAAUGUUAUAAGUGAGGGAGUUGACCUUUGAAGAUAAUGUCGAUAACCUUGUCACUAUAGUCAAACAAGCGGCACUUUAAGUUAUUUAAGUAGUACCAUACGAUAUGAACAAUCUUUGAUACGCCUGUUUAAUCUAAAACUGUUCUAUAUCUUGUUUACUGUUUUGAAAAACAGUCUGUUUGUUUUUAAUUUUUGUAUCGUUAUAUUUUAUUAUUGUUUAUAUAACAAUUUCAAUUGUAUAUAGUUGUUGAACAACUUUUUCUCAUUUAUACAUUAAUUGCUCAAUAUAUUCACUCUUGUUGCCCAGUUUUGUGUAAAUGAUGACAAAGCAAUACACAUGUAUGGUUUAUUUCACAUCUCGUCACCCAUUAUUCACCAUGCUUUAUAUCAGAAAUGUACAGUUGACGGUCAAUGAUGCAUAUGACAAAACAUUUUUGUAUCCUAUUGUUCUAUAUAAUGUAAAUAUUAUUUGUAUCCUAUUAUCCUCUCUAGUGUAAAACCAUUUUUGUAUCCUAUUAUCCUAUAUAAUGUAAAUGUUAUUUGUAUCCUAUUAUCCUAUAUAAUGUAAAGAUUAUUUGUAUCCUAUUAUCCUAUAUAAUGUUAA